AUGCCUUGGGCACCACGUAUAUGCAGAGCAUCAAUUUACCUAAUCCAGAGAGCAGUUGUGGAAAUUAUAGAUGAGAUUAAGGAUGAAUUUCCAACCAUAAUUGGAUUGCAACAGUCAAACCAGGAAAUUGCUCCCAUUCUACAAGCAUCCAGAUCAGUUGUGGCAAGUGCAUUCUCUUCAUCUCCUGGAGUAAGAGUUAUUAAUGGGCUAAACAGAAUAUCAACAUCUUCAAAAUCUGUUGCCAAAGUCUUGCAGCCACAACUUGUACAAAAUUUUGCAGAGUUAAAUACUAUGUCUCAUCGUCUUCUGAAAAAUGUAAACAUACCAAAGCAGCCUCUGUAUAAAAAUCAGGGUAGAACAUUUUCCCUGUUUGAUGUGAUCUCCUAUCCAGCAAAGACUGCUCUUACCAGCAUAAUGUGUGCUUCCUACGCAGCACUAAUUUAUGUGGCAGUCUCUAUUAACACAGUACUAGGGAAAAUAAAACACAUUGUUCAAGAAGAAAAGACCUCAGGAGAAAACGCUAAGAAUGAGGAAGAAAAAGAUGUAUUCUCCAAAUAUGAAGAUUUAGCAAGUUUCCCUGUAUCCUCUCCAGAGAAGCAAGUAUUUUCUGAAUUUCCUGCUGAAGAUUCAACUAAGAGCAGCAUUCACAUCCUACAUUCUGCACUGGAUCAAGAUACAGUACUUAGUAGUGGUAACUGAAGCUCAAACAGGCUUGUGAGCUUUGUUAGUGCAUUGAAUGUUUAAACAAAGACACUUAACAUAUACAGAAUUUACAUUCUCUAUUUGUUAAUAAAAUAAUAAUUAGUACAAAUAGUUUAAUGUCUUCAGAGUUCCUUGACUAGUGAAAGAAAAAAAAAAAUCUAGGUAUGUGUCACUCAGAACAGUUGUGGCUGAGGGCCUUACUAUAAAUGUUUUUAGUGCCAUGUUCUAUAGCAUUUAAAUUUCUUCGCGACAAACUGUUGUGUAAAUUUCACUGAUUAUGCAAGUAAAAGCAUGGG